AUGGAGGACAAAAAAUCUUUGAAAGAAGAUGUCCCUGCAGAAGUCGGUCAACAACAACAGCAGCAGGUCCCAGAUCAGGAGCAAGCACUGAGUGCUGGUCCUUCGGAGGAAGCUGAGGUAAGAAAAUUGCUCUUUGCUCCUUUUCUCGAAUUUCCCCUUUUCAUCUUUGUUUCCCGGAGCGGAAUGAAAUUUGGACACGAAGGAAUUGUCAUGAUCAUUGCAGCGAGAUCAAAUUCAACAACACCCAAUCAAAAAAUGUUAACUACAGGUGGAAAAUCAAAAUUGUGCGGAAGAAAUCGAUAUCGGCACUGAAAAGGAGCAGGAAGAGGUGCACCAAGAAGCGCUACACCAAGUAGAAGACCAAAGACCUACUACGUCGCAGCAGCACGACCACGCACCUGACGCGGGUGCAGAAGCCGAGCCAGGUGAUGAUCUCCCGCAGGAGCGGACGGGGCACAUGACACCGGCAGCGGUAGUGGUGACUGAUGCAGCAGAAAUAAAUGAAGGAGCCUUAGCCUUUACUACGGUGGUGGAAAGCGAAAAGGCGUCUUUUUCUCCGGAACUGGUGCCCGUGCCCGAAGCUGAAAAACAGCCCGUGCAGGAAGUUAUGGAACCCCAGGAGAAUUAUCGAGCGGUGAACGAGGUCCGUGUGUUGUAGAACUUUUUUUUUUCAGGCCUAGCACUCGUACUCGUGUCUCAUAGAACACUAAACAGCAUGUGGUUUCUGUAUACAAGAUCGUGAUCGAGGUCAUCAAGCAUGCUACUAUGACCAUGCACUUCCAGAACAAAUCACUCCCACAGGUCUGUACAGCUAAACCGCUGGUGGCGCAAGACGAGCAGACCGGAAUACCGUCUUCACCAUCCGCGCCAGAGCUGCAAAAUGCAGAAGACGUGAAGCUGCGCGCUUUAUCGGAAAUAAAGCACGAAGAUGAAGAACAGGCACGGGAGGCAUCCGAGGAACAGUUAGCGCAGGGGAUGUUGCCGGGAGCGCACUUAGAGGCGGCGCAAUUAGAGGCGGCACGAGGAAGCACAUUCGUGCAGGAGGGGGGCCUGAAAAAAGAAGCAGUGUUGACAGAGGUAUAAAAGAAGGCGUUGUUUGUAGUGUGGUAUGCAGAAAUCUUUGUACUUAGUCAACAAAUUCAACACAUCCAAAAGAACAAACUCAAAUGGUACAAACUGCAGGUACAGGAGAUCUGUGCAAUUGAAAUUGAUGCUCCGAAGAAGCAACACGAGCACCACGCAAGGGAUGAAGAGAUGUUCUUGGCUACAGAAAGCGAGCAUCUGAAACGUAGCGAAGCGACCGCACAGGCUAAAGCGGGGGUUGCAGUAGAACAGCAGGACGACAACGUGAAUAAAAACGUCCCAUUACACCAGCAGACAGAAAACAAGCCAGGAAUACCUACCACCGCGCCGGCUGAUGAAAAUAGUGAACCUCGCGCCGAGCAGAAGAUGAAGAAUCCGGAAACUUCCACUUUUACGCAAGAAGAACUUCUACGACCACGGGAAGGCUGUCAGGUUGUUGCAGUUGAGCAGGCGAAGGAGUUGAAGCUGCUGCAAAUAAAGGAGAACGAAGCCAAAGAGGAAAAGCAACAAAGCAUCGUCGAACCAGAACGGGACGAGGUGAAGCAAUUUGUACCACAGGAGAAAUUACAACAACCGGAAGGAAAAUUAGUCCAGUUAGAAAGUGGAAAAGUAACUGCAACAGAGGAAAUAGAAUCCGCCAGGAUGCUGAAUACUACAGAAGAAGUUGUUGUAAAUCAACACGCAGCUACCGGCACAACUUCCACGCAACAAGUGGACAAUAGUCAUAAUGUACAAGGAUCACCCGCCAGAUCAUCGUCUGCUCUCUGUCCGCGACCUGCGGAUCUUCAGGCGGAGGUGAAAAAAGAUAAGGAUGCGCCGGUGUUGCAGAUGCACAUGCGGAGUGGUGCUGGGAAUUUGUUCGAACAAGGAGUAGAACGAGUACCAGCAACAAGCAGCUCUGCGUCGUCUACAGGAUGGGCUAGUUGUAGCAAUCAAAAUGCGCCGCAGACUUUCGCUCCCGUCCCCGUGCAGUCGCUUUGGUGGCUCACAUGGGUCCACGAGGAAAGGAACAGACGUGAACGGGAAAGAAAUGCGUGGGAAUGGGUAGCACGUUACAUCGCGUUCCGAGGAUGGAAGGUAAGUGCAACAACCACCGGCAACGAAAACGUCGAACAAGUAGUCGCUGCGGCAAAUAAUACUGCGGUAGUGGAAAACGAAAACAAGAGAACCGACGAAGUUGUAGAGGUUGAAGCUUCUGCUCGCCUAGAUCCGAGCUCCGCAAAAAUCGCAGAGAACAAACCACAGCAGGUCGAACAAGAACGAAGAGCGCUGCGUGAAGAGGUUCUUGCCCAGAACAAGCAGGAAAACAACGGUCCUGCGGAACAAGUUGACUCGGCAGCAUCUGCGAACAAAAAACACGCGGCCGCGCAGUUCCAACAGAGCAGUCCUGUAACGGUAUUAACUCCUCCGCAUUUGUCCGUGGCAGAAGUAGGAGUCGCGAAGGCUACAACACAACAGACCAACGUUGAGGAAAGCGGCGGCCCAUCCGACGUCGAGGAUGAUGAUGCAGCGCAGAAGAAAAAGGCAGCUGCUCAGGAGGCCGCUCACGAGAAUUCCCAACAGAUCGUUGGCUCAGCAAAAAAAGCGACCGAGCAAUCUUCAGCACCGGUCGAACAGCCUUCGCUGGCAAACGCGACGGAUGUUGAGGAUGACCACGUAGACGAGGAACAGAACACGAGGGAGGCACCAGAACAUGAUGACGCGAGCCGUCCUUUUGCUUCCGAGGAUAAUUCAAGCGAGAAUCAGAGUCUCACCUCUUCCGAGCGAAGUGAGCACGACGAGGACAAGAAAGAUGAUGAUGAAGAAGUAGAUAAUGAUAAUCUGGACCGCGGCGCAUAUAAGGAUAAGACCAGCAUUCUGAAGAAACCGGAAAAUGAUCAGCGUGCUGCAGAGGGGCAUGAUCAAGGUGAACAGCAGAACGAUCGGAGAAGCGGGUCGCCUUUCCCAAGGAGGGACAGGGCCAACAACGACGACGCCGAGUCCGCUUCCGAUGUUGAGGCUCCUCCGAAAAAUCGGGGCGGCGAGACUAGCGAGGACGGCCACAACUCGCACUCGGACCGCGAUGAGAAUAUGAACAAGAGGAGACAUUCGGCAGCCCACUUUUCUCCGUUUGAUGCGAAAAAGAACACCGGAGAGAAAGAAAUCUUGGCGACCGGCGGUUGCGAAAAAGCCGUGGCGGACGAGAAAAGUCCAGGUUUUUUUGUUUCUUAUGUUUUUCUGGUCGGUUCAAUCAUAAGCGAGGGCGUUGCCCGUUUUCAACAUUUUAGGAGAGUUUUUGUUUCACGCACUGUGCAGCUAUAAGCCACCCCGAUCAACAUGUGGUCGUCCAGGAAUUGUGGAAGUUUCUUUCGGCCAAAUUAUUCGUUCCAAAUCCGCCACUAAAAUCCAAAAUAAACCUGCACAGCAGAGAUAGAGCACGGCUCUUCUCCGUUGGAGAAAGAAGCCGCGCCGGAAGCUGCAGCAGACGAAACACCAGCAGAAAGAGAAGCUCCAGCGGAAGUAGAUCUUCAGGAAGAGCCCGCACCCUCAGGGACGAUUUCUUCACAGCCACCACCUGCGUCGACUUCAGCGGCUCCUCGCGACGCAGAGAAAAGAUCGCGAAGCGAUUCUUGCUUGUCUUCCUCUCGCUCCUCGCCAGGAUCUGCCAGAAGCUCUUCUCGUAGUUCUCGCUCUUCCGAUAUGAAUGUGCACAACUCCCCCUCCCCCUCAUUUGUCAUGCAAAAUGCCCAAUCCAGGCCGUGCCUCCUAGCACUGUUCGCAUGACAAGAUCUGGCAGCCCAAAUAGCAAUCCCGUGCAAAUGUGUCAUGCAAAACCUGCAUUCUGGUUGGCGCUUGUAUUGCCAUUCAUGCUACACAAAUGAGGGGGAGGAGGGGUUGUGCACUGUCAUAUCCCAAAACCGGCACGCUUCCCGUAGGAGUUCAUCUCGAGUUUGUUCUAACAAGCGCAGCUGCACGGAUUCCAAUUCAUCUUCGCGUAACAAAAGUGCGGCGCCAGAAAUACAAGGAACAAGCAGCGAGCAAGCGCCUUCCGCUGGUCCUCGGCGGACUAGUAGCGGGAAGAGCGUGCGACUACACUCUCCUUCUUGUCGCAAGAGAAGUAUCCAACGGCCGCAGGAGGGAAAAAAUAACAAACAGCCCCCGUUGUUCAGUCGUUCUUCUCGGCGAAGUUCUGCUCCUUCCAAGCGUCCCGCCCCGCGCCGAAGCAUAGUAAAAGUCUCCCGCUGGUCCUGCGCCAAUCGUGAGAGCAAAGAGGUGGCAGCAGCUGCUGCUGCAGAGUCAUCUUCUCGAAAGAAGGUUUUCCAUAAUCCCGAACAACCAAGAAAACCGUCGAGGAAGCGGCGGGCAGUUUCUUCUGACAGGAGCGCUUCGUCUUCAAAGCAGCUGAAGAAACCGAGACUUGAAAGGCCCUCGCCACGGACAAAAACCGGCAGCUGCUACACGUCGACCGGGCCUCAGGAGCAUACUAAAAAUGUCACCCUCCGACGAGAACCGUCCAAAGCCAGGUACUGGAGCGACGUCCUGGCGGUACGCGACGUAAAGAUGUCUGGGGCUGGAAAGAUGCAAGAUUGUCAUGCUUGGCUACCAUGACUCUCCAGUCUGUCAUGCACGUUAUCCAAUAAACGCCCCACUUUAUAAUUUCUGUCAUGCAGAAGCUCGCUUUGUCAUAUCGAAGCCGAAUAGACAACACUGCAGCAGCACCUCCAAGAUGAAAACUUCUCAUGCUGGGCAGUCAAUUCAACUGAACCGACGCAUCCUUGUCUACUUUCUCAAACAGCAUCACAAGUUUCCAGACCCAGACAUGUUUGCAUUUGAUAGGCGGAGCGGCAACGGGGGAGUAACAAUGCAGCUGCCGCGCCUGCACCCGCUUCCUCCUCGUGUGCCGGCCUCCUGGUGGAGGAGGGGGGCCGGUACUAUCUGCCUCCGGAGAGGGCAGAUAGUAGCAAGAACGUUGCCGCCCGACAUUCUGAGGAAAAUAACGCUUCGCGCGAACUGCAGAAAGUCCAAGCCGCUCCUCCUCCGCAGCAGGAGCAGAAAGGAAAAAACGCGCCGCAACAGGGGCAGGAGCAACCUGAUCCGCGAGGGCCGCUGCUACCUGUACCCGCCAUACCAAGUGCAAAUAUGUCCGGGUCUGGAAAGUUGGAACCUGUAAUGCUGGUUUUGCAUCGCUGCGGGACCUGUGUUGCAUGGCCAACAAAAGUGGCAGCCUCUCCUGCCAUACAAGAACGGAGUUUCUCAUGCGGGGUGCGUAUGAAGAGAAAGCGUUGCGCAAACUUGUCAUGCUUUCCUGCGUAAGGAAGUGCUUUCAUCAUGCAUAUUUUAGCAUCACAAAUUACCAGACCCAGACAUGUUUGCAUUUGAUACGCCAUGCGCCAGAACAACUUGCCAGCGGUGAGGAAGAUGAAGAUCUCGCGUCCGCGGACAGUCAAACCCAGCAGCCCGCGCCAGUAUCCGAGGCGGAGCGGCUCGGGAGAUCCGGAAAGAAAAUCGCGGAAAGGCAGUUUGGCUUCUUCGCGGGCCUCCAGUUCGGAGAGCGGUCCUGGCUAUCUGGAGGGACUCCGGCUUGCGUUCAUGAUGAAGAACAAGUCCGCUGGCCCUAUUACGAAGGUGGAAGGCGACCAAGGACGAGGGCAGCAGCGCGGGGCAGGAGCGGCAAACUUCUACAACUCCUGGGCUCAGCGAAGGAGCCCGGCACGGCCAGCGUUGCUGCUAUGCAUUGCAAAAGUAUCGUACUAGUACGACUUGCAUUUUUACAAAUUUUUUCCGCAUUAGAAAUGGAGUUUGUAAUGCUGAUUGACCUAUAGGAAAAAGAUUUGUAAUGCGUAACUGCAAAAAUUACUACGAGUGCGAUACUUUUGCAGGUCAUAGCCGCGAGAGAGAAGCAAAGUACGAACUGAGCAGCACCUAUGGAUCUGUCAGGAUUGAAAUGGUCAAAGUUGAAAUGAUUUCUCAUGCAUAAAAUGCAAGGCAUAAAGGGCCUGUCUUGCCGGGAUGGCAAGUGAGGCAGAUUGUGAGCCUAUUUAGGGUUUGGGAUAGAGCUGCUAAAGGAGCAUGAUAAAAGCAGUCGUCUGUGCCCAAACAGCAUGACAAAUUAGAUUCAUUCUGGUGCUCCGAAAAUUUGUCUUGCGCCGCUUGGAAAUUGGGUUUCCAACUGGUAUCCAUUUUAUGCAUGACAAAUCAUUUCAACUUUGUCGAUUUCAAACCUGAGACUCCCAUAGCACCGUAGCGCAGACCAGAAAAGGCCACGUGAGAGGACCGCCGAGAAGAACAGGUCUCGGGAUAAAGAAGAACUGAAGCGGAAACGGAAACGAGAGAAGAAAAGCUGGGGGAAAAGUAGGCGGCGCCGGGGCCGUAGCUGUUCGCGCUCGCCUUUACCACCGCCGCGUUAUUUCCGGGGGCAGAGCAAGACCAAGAGCAAGUCCAAGAUGAGAUGACGGGGGUAAAAAACGAAAGUUGAAGCUUCUCGCUGUAGAAACGAAGAAUAAGAAAUAUUAAAAACUGAAGCUCAGAAAGAAAAGCUCAAAAGUCGUCGACCCUGCUGAAGUGCUGUUAUAUAUCCUCAUGCAGCGUCACUUCUUUACCACUGGUACUCCUCAAUUUAGAAUGACAGCAAAUAUAAAAAGACUUCUAAAUCUAUAAACGAUCUGAAGUUGUCUAUGUGAUAUUUCGCUGCGUUAUUUUUGUGAUUUGUAUUUCAAAGAAAGACUUCUAAAUCAAAAUCAGAGCCGUGCCCUGUACUAGAAGUUAAGAAAUCUCGUAUCUACACGAGUUUUGCUUUGUUUUUGUUUACCGGACGGAGCAAAAAAAUGAAAAUCAGUUUCAACCUGAAAGCCAACCAGCAAAGAUUCAAUCAUUUUUACGCGUCGUGUCACGGUUGAUGUCUUUCUUCUUGAACAUUUUUCAGAACUUUGUUUUACACGGCGAGCCUGGAGGCGCGAUUAAUAGCGUUUGAAGAAGAGGCGGAGGGCGAUAACGUAAUACUUGGCUUGCUUACCUCCGAGAAAAAAAAUUGGACGCGGUAGUAUGUAUGUAAACGUACCAUCAGCCUAUUGUGGUUUUUUCGACUUUGUUGCUUGUUCUGAGAAAAACACUAAUAUUACUUUUUCUGCAGAUGCGGCCCCGUCGCGUAAAUUAUGAUUUUUGCGAAGAAAAUCGGAAAGUAGAGGUACGUAAUAACAACUUUUUUUGCUCACUAACGCGGCGACAUGGUACAUAAAUUCAACACUACAUGAGAGUUGCAGGAGGACGCACUUCGUCGGCCCAAAGUCAAGUGUGCAGCGCAUGACGAGAAGGUGGUGGGUUUUUUUUUGUGGCCUGCACUCGAAGAUAUUGAUAUUCAUAUUAGGGCAGUGGAUAUAAAAAUUACAACAUCUUCACUUGUGGAUCGACUCGAAUCAUUUUUACCAUGUAAUUCAGAUUCUGGUUACAGUUUUAGUUUAUCUUGCGGCAUUUUGGUUUUGCUUUUGCCUCACCAACAAGGUACGACCAUUCACAAUUACAGUGAAUCUAUGAAAAGACAAAGAGCAGUGGUCAACCGCCCCGAACGGAAAUCGCUCUCGUGGAAGGCAUGCAAAUAAAACCAAGGGGUACACCGUUUCUUGCUAUCGGAAAAUUAUUUCGUUGCAAUUUUUAUAUCAGCCUCAGCCCCGUAUGAGAAGGUUUCUUUAUCUUUUCCUUUUCUUUGUCAGCAUUACUCAUUUCUAUUUACAGCUUAGAUCAUGAAAGCCACAAAAGACUUUCUUGUUGUGUAGUUCCCGCCAGAAGAACUACAGUAGGCAGCAUUCCAUUGAAAUAUAUUCGAAGAUGAAUGCCGUUGCAACUGUAAGGCUGGCAAGUGGUGUAAAGUGCGUGGCACUUCUUCCUGGGCGCAGGCAGCAGCCUGAGAACUACUUCUUAGAGCGAAGAUUCUUGUCGAGGACAUCGUUGCACUAGAGAUCAUGCAGGAAU